AUGUUCAGGAGUUACAUCGCUCGCCUUAAGAGUAUCGUAGGAGACAAGAAAGCUAUGGAGAUUAUAAACAAUGCUUUGGUGGUUGUAAGUGCAGGGACUAACGAUUUCAUCUUGAAUUUUUACACCAUUCCUACAAGGCGUCUUGAGUACCCUUUCAUCUCUGCUUACCAAGAGUUUAUACUUAAGAGGCUUGACAACUUCCUCCGGGAGCUAUACAGUUUAGGGUUUAAAGAAACGAAGAGAGGAUGUUGUGGAACAGGCUUAUUGGAGGCGGGCUUCAUGUGUAAUGCUUUCUCUCCGUCGUGUGGGAAUCGCUCGGAAUAUUUGUUCUUUGACUCGAUUCAUCCAUCAGAAGCUACUUAUAAUUACGUCGGUGAUUUGCUUGAAGAGGAUAUCCGUAACUGGAUUGCGGCUUAA